UAUCCCAGUGUUAAACCACGCCCACAUCGUCUUUUCUUUGGCUUCUCUGCGAGCUCGAGGAGAUCCACUUUAGAUUUUCAGCACGACUACAAUCUUCACAAUAUGUCAUCUGCAUCUAGUAUGAAUUCCUUGACCGUUGCCACGGCAGCAAUCUUUGGUAGUCUCGGGCUGCUAUGGCUCUACAAGAAGCUGAGAUCGCAACGAAGGAGGGCGGGGCUUAAAGAUAAGGUGGUACUCAUCACAGGGGCUAGUUCUGGAGUAGGAGAGGCAUGUGCUAUAGCUUUCUAUCGUCUUGGCUGUAAGGUGAUUUUGUGUGCAAGGAGGGCUCCUGAACUCGAGAGGGUCAAGAAAGAGUUGAUGGCCCUGAAAUUGGCUCCAGGCAUACCAGCACACACACCCCAUGUCAUACCCUUGGACCUAGAGAGACUAGAUGAGUUACCGGACAAAGCCAAGGAAGCCCUCGAGCUCCAUGGCUACGUAGAUAUCCUUAUCAACAAUGGAGGCAUGAGCGGUAGAGGGAGCGUCGUUGAUACCGUUCUCUCCGUCCAUCAGAAGAUCAUGAAUGUCAACCAUUUUGGCUCGCUUGUCCUCACAUCAGCCAUUUUACCAAAUAUGAUAUCAAGAAGAAGUGGACACAUACUUGCAGUCAGCAGUAUCCAAGGCAGGAUAGCUAUUCCUUUCAGGAGUGCCUAUUCUGCUUCCAAGCAUGCCAUGCAGGCCUUCUUUGACUCGCUCAGGGCGGAAGUUGCAGAGCACAACAUCCAGGUCACCGUUCUCAGCCCUAGCUAUAUCAAGACCAACAUCUCCUUGAGUGCACUCGAUGGGGAUGGAUCUGUACAUGCAAAAAUGGAUUCCACCACUGCCGGUGGCAUGUCGACAGUCUACGUAGCCGACAAGGUAGUUGAUGCGGUUGCCAAGCAACAACGUGAUGUAGUUUUAGGGCCCUUUACCCACGGUGCUGCAAUCUACAUCAGAGCUCUGGUCCCCAAUCUCUACUUCUGGAUCAUGGCAGGGAGAGCGAGGAAAGGAACGAAAAUGGAGGAUUGAUGAAGGAUACAGAAAGGGACCUUAAUUUUGCCAGAUUUGAAAUUGAAAUCGUCCUUAAUCGCCCUUGUUAGUGAACAAAAAUAAAUGGGAAGCAAGAUUUUAUGGAGAGUAAUUUUCCUCUACCGUAGUUACAUGGUUACCAUGAUCAACUAUUUCAUGUAUUGUAGAGUUGUUCAUAUCAUCGACAGAAUAUAAUUCCAAUUUUGAACAGAUGCUUGUUUGCCUAUUUUCCAAAACUAAAUGUUAAUCUGUCUUGAAGUUUCAAGGUGUUUCUUUGUAAUAAAAAUUCUAGAACUUGAUAAUUUUUUCCUCACUUCUUUCACAACCAUGUCAAAUGUUCAAUAGAAGAUUUACAAGACAAGCACUAACAAAAAGAGGUGGGGGUCACAAAAAUGCUCCAAACUGUCGUAGUUGCAACAUACUGCAAACAAAUUAUUAUUAUU